CGGGCCUAUCUCUUCUCUCGCAGUCGGGGGCCGUGAACGCGCAGGCUUGGCAGUCAGAUACCGUCAUCCUUAGGCGCUUGAGGAACUUUGCAUGAUAGAGCCUGGCUGUAUGUGCUGGAACUAGACAAUGCACAAUGGGUUUGAACCUAAAGAUGUUUCAUAACUUCUACAGUUUGGUGCUAGCGCAAACAUACUCCAGAAUGGGAAGAUAAUAGCAGUGGGAAAUCAUUUAGGAGGGUUUAUAGACUUGGUGAGUGAUCGCGUCAAGUUGGUGGUGAUCUACCGAACGCUGGAUCCAAAGGCAAGAGACGCUCUCGAUCAAACUGUGGAUAUAAACGUGGCAAGGUGGUUAAUAGACAUGGAGACUCGCUGUAGUGAAACACCUUUAUAACGAGGUUGUUAUACACAGGUAAUCGUGAAUUGUUAUAACGAGGUAACCACUUUGUGCCUUGGAGUAUCAGGAACCUUGUUUACAGACUGCCUUGCUUCAUUCUGCUCCUGUUGGACUUACAUAAUACGCCAGUGUGGGAAACAGCUGUGCGGGGGAGAUAGUGCUGCGGACAGCGUUCACCGUUACAGAAACGUGGCCGCGAGAUGAAGAAAGUUGGAUUUAAAGAGUAAACCAGUGCAGUUUUACUACGAUAAACAUUCCCAAGCGGAAGAAACGCGACGCCAAAUAUUCUUUGAAAUUUCACCCAGGGAAUCAUUUUUUUGUGUUUGGAAGUUUUCUGAUGGAUUCUUUGAAAUUGUGGAUUCUGUUAAGUCCGUUUCGUUGUGCCCAUAUUUACAAGUCAUGGUCAUUAACCGGUGCCAGUUCAGCUUGUGAAAUUGUUCAAUCAGUGACAGCAUCAAGAUAGCAGAUAAAAUAUCCUUUGCCACAAGCUCAUUUGAAGAUAAUAAAUGGUACUUUGAAUCAUAUCGUACUAAUUGGAACUGUCUUAUCUACAAGAACCUAUUCAUGGAAAUGGAGCAUGUUCCUGCUAUCUGAGUUCAGUUUGAUAUCAAAAUACAUCAUCUCCAGUGACGUUAAGUUAAAAUGAUAAAAUAUUGUUUGGAUUAGUUGUCAGGGAGGUCAAUUGUAAACCAAAACAUUUCAUAUCCCGUGUCCCAAGCCAUGGUGAUACCGUUCCCAGCAUCGUCGACAGGUGUGUAGUCAAAAUGUCAGGAAGAGGAAAGGUGUUUCAUCGCAAUGGUGGAGUCCCGGAAUACAACAUCGCCCUGGUGGGUUCUCUAGGGGUGGGGAAGUCAGCUCUCACCGUCAAGUACAUCACAAAGAGAUUCAUCAUGGAAUACGACCCUGACCUUGAGGGGACGUACACAAAGCAUGAAGACUGGGAUGGACAGGAGCUGCUGGUCAACAUCAUGGACACCUGUGAUAAGGACGACAGCGAGGCAAUGCGCUAUCUGAAGUGGGCAGACGGCUUCCUGGUGGUGUACAGUAUCACCAGCAGGCAGAGUUUCGACAAGGCCCGAGAGUAUCUGGAACUGGUCACUCAGCAUCUGAAGAACACGUCGAGAGAGUGUCCGGUUGCUCUAGUCGGCAACAAGAUUGAUCUGGAGAGAUACAGACAGAUCAGCAAGGCGGAAGGCUCAAGCCUGGCAGCAGAAGUGGACUGUUCGUUCUUCGAGACGACAGCAGCCGAGGAGUUUGAGCACGUGGAGGGCGUGUUUCAGCGCGUGCUGCAGGACAUUCACCAGGAAAAAUAUGGCCACGUGCUGCAGCCACUCGUUAUAUCGGAGGACAAGGCGGCGUUCUUUGCUUCAUCUCGCAGACCAAAGUCGCCCAGGGGGUCAUCUGAUCGCAAGGAGGAAAAGAAUACAGCCAAGAAAACUCCAACAACAUUCAACAAACUGUUUAAGAUAUUUAACUGACGAAGCUUCUUUGUUCGUUUCGAUGAUACCCCAAGGACUAGGUCAUUAGACGCAGCAGCCAGUCUAUGUACAUACAUGCUGUACGUGCCUUCCAGAGAUGUGAAUAGUUCAUCAGUGUUCAAUAUGACGUCACGAGAUUUUGUACACUGUGACGGGUCACGACUGACUGCCUGAAGACUUCGGCGGCUAUACUGACGUUGUCAACGAUGGCUUUGGUCAUGUCUCACCAGUGGUCAGUGAAGUCAUACGGUGAACACACAAUGGGUGUGAAUAGUCUUAUCGAUAACAUGUGCUGUUGAUCCUGUUUGCUCAUGCAUAUUGGGAAAGGGUGGAUGCACCAUGUUUCUCCCAAGUGUGAAAUGUUCUGUGAAAUCAUAUCCUAGCAAUCUUUUCGAGGCCUGAUAAUGUGUCAUGUGAAAAUGUGUCAUGACACAUAGGUGUCUAAAUUUGUUGAAUUACACUCAUGCUCAUCGAGGAUUAACCGAGCUAAUUGAUAAAUCAUGUCUACACGAUCUUAGCGAAUCUUAUAACAGUCCGUCUCCGACGUGAAGAUGUGUAAAAUGAAGUUACUGUAGUGUUAUAUUUUCCUUCAGAUAUAUUAGAGGGAACUAGGAAAUCUUGACUUGCCAAAUCUUCUUCACUUGCUAUUUCCGUAUCAUGGUAUGACAGACAUGGAUGAGACCAGCGUUAGUAGUAGCACCAAGUUUGCUUUGUAGACGGGUACUGGGUAACGUAGCAUAAAUCGGCAUCGCAAGCUUGCCUUGUCAUUGUGUUCACUACUCAAUAACAAGACCCAGGGACCCGUUCUACAAAACUCCUAUGCUUUAACACUGGCUUAACAUUGUCGUAGCUACGCUAGCUUUGUGGAACGGGGCCUAAGUUCUUGUCUGCACGUGACAAUUCCUUCAUGGGAACUACCAUACUACACGUCAAAUUUAACACGUGUGCAUGACGGUGGUAACCUUGGUCCCGUUCCUCAAAGCGAUCUUAACGUUAGGGUGAUCGUAACUCCCACCCAUUAACGUGGACUUACGGUGAUGGUAGAACUAAAAUCUCUUUGGGGAACCCGUCAUGAACCAGUUGCCCAAAGCAUUCACUGCAGUUAAAGCUCGACUUAUAGGGGAUAGUGUAAUUCAAAAACUGCUUCGCUCUGCUCAUGUGUUUUUUCAUUUGGAAGUGUUUUAUUCAGUCAGAAACCCAAGAUAUCUAAUGCCACAUACUUUCUGUUGCAAGGGAGUACCAAUAUAUUACACAAUGUCAGAACGGUAGCACGCUACACGAAAGAGGAUAACUCAUUACGGUGCCUAAAUCAUUACCACACGUUGGACUUAUUUACGAACUAACUGAGUUAAAAAAAACAAAAAAUACUGAUUGACUUCCUCAUUUGACUACUUGAUGGGUGGUGGUUACAGCGUCCGCUCGUCACGCCAAAGACCCGGGUUCGAUUCCCCACAUGGGUACAAUUUGUGAAACUCAUUUUUGGCGUCACCCGCCGUGAUAUUGCGGGAAUAUUGAUAAAGGCGGCGUCAAACAAUACUCAAUGACUACUAGAUACAUUAGACGAUAAUAAUAUACACGUUUACAUGGAGACGAUAUUACAUGAAUCAUAUUUCAUUGUAAAAAUGUGUCAUAGAGAUUAUGUUAUAUUAUAUAAUUCAUUAUGUUCAUAUGUUAUAAAGUUGUGCAUGUGUCGUCCAUGUGGAUAUAUCUCCCUCAGUCAUGCAAGUGUUGACUGCCUACAUGUACUGGGUGACUGUCUCAUUCUGAUCAUACUCCCGUCUGUAGUCAUACGCCAAGAAACGUUUUAUAGUGUAGAACAAAUAAUGUUUCAUCUACAUCGUCACCAUCGACUUUGUGCUGUUCUCUUACAGAAACAACCAAGUGAAUUAUCCUUAUCGUUAUAUGUUAACGCCCUAAUUAAUCGAUCGAUGUAGUACCACAUACGCUUUUAUGAGCUUUAAGCCUUCGGUGCAGCUGUAGGGGAUGAUUCGUGUAGUCAUUAAUUAUGUGUGUGUUUAUUGAUCAGGUGCGCAGUCAGGAAUAUUCUAGAUAUUUCACAACGACCUGUAUAAACUGUGGGUCAGACGAACGAGUGAGCGAAGUAAUGAACAACGUCCUACUUGGGGCAUGCUGACAUUAAAAAUACCAAGUCAGCCUGACCCAAUGAAUUACCGCCUGAAACGACAACUAGAGGUUUCUGGUGACCUGAGGGGCGGUGGGGUAGCCUAGUGGUUAAAGCGUCCGCUCGUCACGCUGAAGACCCGGGUUCGACUCCCCACAUGGGUACAAUGUGUGAAGCCCAUAGUGGUCUCCCCCGCAUUGAUAUUGCUGGAAUAUUGCUAAAAGCGGUGUGAAACCAUACCAAUCAGUCACUCUGGUUACCUGUCCUAACCCCGGUAUAACGGCGGUGAACCGCGUAACAUCAAACUCUGUACCCAAAACUCGACAUUAAAGGGGGGACUACAUUGACAGUAAUGGAAGACCCAGCUAAUUUGAUUGAAGUCGUACAAACUCUAAUUUAGUUUGCUGCAACACAUAUUGUAUCUUUAUGUCUGUCCAGUUACUGCCGCUAUAACACGUAACAAGUAUGUUUGUAUUUAAUGUGAAGGAGGAACGAAUAUAUUUACGAAGACAUUUUAAGUGUUGACAAUGUGGAAGCAUAGUUCCCUCCUAAUCCAAGGCCAAGAAAUAGCGCCAUUCUACUUCAACAAACUUUAAAGAUGUAUAUGUAUGUGUUUAAUGAACAAAUUAUAUUCUGAAAAAUGAAACAUUGGUUGUCCA